UCUGCAACACAGCCGCGCACAUCUGACGAAAGGCAUCUGCAGGAAAGCGCACUUGCUGUUGUUUUGAUGCAAUUUGAAUGUAAUUUUAUUUAUCUUAAAUUGUGUGACCUUUCUAUUUUCAUUUCAAGAAAUGUGAUAGACUGUUUCUGCUUAGUCUCUUCCAGAUGUGACUCUUCUUCCGAAAUAACCUGCGGAAUUCAUUGCAACUGUCAGUCUCUUUAGAACGUGAGCAAGUUUCCACAAUCUUAAAUCUUGAGAUAUUGUCGAGGCAUCUCUUUUUAGCAGUUUGGCUUUUUUUCUGUGAUUCCUUUCAUUUUUCCGAAUUGCUUAUGUCGCUUCUUGCUGUCACGACGCUUAUUCAGCAAUGCUGACAUUUUGGGAUACUGGGAAUCAGCUGCAUUGAUGAGUCAAGACCUUUAAAUCACAUAUCUGGCUGGCAAGAGAGAAAAAAGAUGAAUUACACUCUGGAUUUUCAAAGCACCCAUUUACAGCAUCUCAGUCUGUUAACAGCAAGAAAUCUGUCCAUUGAAGCAAUCCGCCGCCUGAUCCAUGAUCACCUUUUACUUGAAGAAAGUGAGCUGGAAAAUAUUUUGCUACUGAGAAUUCAAGAGCCCAUGACCAUUGCACUUACAGUAAUGUAUGUGGCCUCCUUUGUUUUGGGUUUCAUUGGAAACAUCAUGUCCAUCAAAGUGCUGACAGGGAAACGAAGCAAAAGGAUGACAGGAGUGAGUGCAACUAGAAGCUUACUGGUAAAUUUAGCAAUCUGUGAUCUGAUGGUGGUGUGCAUUUGUAUGCCAAUUACCCUUGGAAAUCAGAUCUACCGAGCAUGGAUUUAUGGGGACUUUCUGUGCAGAGCAGUGCCUUUUAUUCAAGCUGUUUCUGUUUCUGCUAGUGUUCUCAGCCUAACUGUCAUAAGUAUUAACCGAUAUUACAGUGUUCAUAACCCAUUAAAUGCCCGAUCUUUUUUCACUUGGAGGAAGAUCUUCUGCACUAUCAUAAUAGUCUGGAUUUUCUCUUCAGGGAUAUGCAUGCCAUUGAUAUUCAUGAACAAGAGAGAUGAGAUAAGACCCAUUGAGAAUCGCCCAUUUGUAUUCCCUAGUUGUAGAGAAAUGUGGCCACAGGCCAGGUUAAAGCAAGUUUAUAAUUUUAUUCUCUUUUGUACCCUUUACUGCCUCCCAGUGACAUUCAACCUGGUCAUCAGCUUUUUAACGGGAUGGAAGCUCUGGAGUGCUUCCAGGCAUUUCAAAGAUUUUGAUUCCCGAAGCCAAACCGUGCCCACCUCAAGGCUAAAAAACCGGAAAAAGAUUGCCAAGAUGGUGGUGGCCCUGGUGCUUCUAUUUGCUGUGUCCUGGCUUCCCUUUUACAUGGUUGAUAUUUGGAUUGAUUUUAACAGUCCAGAUUCUCAGAAGGAAGAAACUCCUUCUCCAUGGGUUCUGAAUGUAAGGCCUUUUGCCCAGUGGCUUGGUCUUACUAAUUCAAGUCUGAACCCAAUCUGCUACUGUUUUGUUGGUGACCUAUACAGGUCUGCAAAGGAAAUGAAGUCCAGAUAUCAGAGGCGAAUAAUGAGCUUCUUUCGAUUGUCACUCUCUGAAGAAUUAAGCAGCUCCAGAAAGAUCUCCUUCAAAAGAUCAGUCAAUGCAUCCCGCAAGGACUCAGUCUGCAGCACGUCAGUCAUAAACCAUGUGUCCGACUGUGAUCAGUACACCUACAGAUGUGAAUCGGCACUGUGCACCAAGCAGCCAGCGGCUGCUAAUGUGUUCACAGUAAGAAGACAAUCCUCAACAGAGUCUCACCAGACUAAAUUAUAGGGAGGGCGGCUUCAGACAAGUUAAAACCCAGACUGCUGCGUGGAAUUGAAAUGAAACUAUGACGCUGACAAUUGGCAAGCACUAAUAUUAAGGGACCACCCUUAUCUCAAAAGGACCCUAAAAGAAGCACAUUAUUUAGUACAGCAAAUAAACUUAUAGCACUUGGGGAGCCACUACAGCAGAAACUCUGGGGGACUGGCAGCUCUUAAAUGUAAAGCUCAGCCACCUUGAAAACUGCAUGCUGCUGAUAUAUUGUAAGAAAUGUAAGGAACCAUAAAAUAAUAAGUGUGGUGACAUGAAAAUAACAAAGAUCAACUUCUAAAGAAGGUCAUACUUUAAAGACAAAAUAAAG